GCUUGAGAGCUGCGCAUGCGCGGAGAGGAACCAGGAGCGCCUGGAGAUGAAUGCCAUUGUGGUCCUGUGCCACUUUUGUGAGCUGCACGGCCCUCGCACACUCUUUUGCACGGAGGUCUUACACGCUCCCCUCCCGCAAGGCGCAGGGAAUGGCGACAGCCCCGGCCAAAGUGAGCAAGCGGAGGAGGAGGAAGGAGGCAUCCAGAUGAGCAGCAGGAUCCGAUCCCACAGCCCUGCGGAAGGGGCCAGCGCAGACUCCAGCAGCCCUGGCCCAAAGAAGUCGGACAUGUGCGAGGGCUGCCGUUCUCUGCCUGCCGGACACCCGGGUUAUGUCAGCCACGACAAAGAGACCUCAAUCAAAUACGUCAGCCAUCAGCACCCCAACCACCCCCAGCUUUUUAGCAUUGUCCGCCAGGCCUGCGUCCGCAGCCUCAGCUGCGAGGUUUGCCCAGGACGGGAAGGCCCCAUCUUCUUUGGCGAUGAGCAGCAUGGCUUUGUGUUCAGCCAUACCUUCUUUAUCAAGGACAGCCUGGCCCGGGGCUUCCAGCGCUGGUACAGCAUCAUCACCAUCAUGAUGGACCGCAUCUACCUCAUCAACUCCUGGCCUUUUCUGCUGGGGAAGAUCAGAGGCAUCAUUGAUGAGCUGCAGGGCAAAGCCUUGAAGGUCUUUGAAGCAGAGCAGUACGGAUGCCCACAGCGUGCCCAGCGCAUGAACACAGCUUUCACCCCUUUUCUCCACCAGCGUAAUGGGAAUGCAGCUCGCUCCCUCACCUCUCUGACCAAUGAUGAGAACCUUUGGGCAUGUCUUCAUACAUCCUUUGCUUGGCUCCUGAAAGCCUGUGGCAGCAGAUUGACGGAGAAACUAUUGGAGGGUGCACCCACCGAAGAUACUCUGGUUCAGAUGGAGAAGCUAGCUGAUCUUGAGGAAGAAUCUGAAGGCUGGGACAACUCUGAGGAGGAAGAGGGGAAAUCUCAAAGCCAGGCAGAGGUCAGGGAAGGCCAUGAACUUGUCAAGAGCCCAACUGACCCCUCUCUCUUGGUGGACGGUGGUAGCUGGCACAUGGCGCCGAGAGGGCAGUCUGUCUUCCGAUCCCUCCGGCACUUGAGACAGGUCUUGGGGGCAUUGCCUUUCCGCAUGUUGGCAUGGCAUGUGCUCAUGGGGAACCAGGUCAUCUGGAAAGCUCGGGACCCAGACCUUGUCCAGUCUGCUUUUGAUGUCCUGCGGACCAUGUUGCCCGUCGGCUGCGUUCGAAUCAUCUCUUACAGUGACAAAUAUGAGGAGGCUUAUCGGUGCAACUUUCUUGGCCUCGGCCCUCAUGUGCAAAUCCCUCCCCACAUACUAUCAUCUGAAUUUGCUGUCCUCGUGGAAGUCCGCACAGCCACUCGGUCCAGCCUUUAUCCCGUUUUGUUUGAUGACGAACAACCACUGAGCAAAUAUGAAUUUGUGGUCACUAGUGGGAGCCCUGUGGCAGCAGAUAGAGUCGGUCCCACCAUUUUGAACAAGAUUGAGGCUGCCUUGACGAAUCAGAAUCUCUCUGUGGAUGUUGUGGACCAGUGCCUUGUCUGCCUUAAGGAGGAAUGGAUGAAUAAAGUGAAGGUCCUUUUCAAGUUCACCAAAGUGGACAGCAGGCCCAAAGAAGACACCCAGAAGUUGCUGAGCGUCUUGGGAGCGGCCGAAGAGGACAACGUGAAGCUCCUGAAAUUCUGGAUGACCGGCCUGAGCAAGACCUACAAGUCGCACUUGAUGUCCACCGUGCGCAGCCCGACUUUGUCGGAGUCUCGAAACUAAGCUGGAGAUGCUCUAGAGAAGAACUAGUUGCGUUUAAUGUGCGUGAAAGAGAGUAGCAUUGGAGAUCCAUUGCUGCUCAAAUCUGGAGAACAGAGAUGGGAGAGGACUUUGAAUCCUAUUAGGGUGACUAUAGGGUCCUAUUGUGUGACCACAAAGGGGUGGCCAUUUACACUAUGAAAUAACUUGGUGUUGUUUCAGGGUUGCUCACACUGUUUAAACUGGUGCAUUUGGCACCUGAUCCCUUAGCGGUCCUUUUUAAAAGAACCGCAACGACCCGCAUCUCAGAUAGUCUGAAUGCGCUAUCGGAUCGAUUCAGAUUGUGCGGCCACUGUCCAUGUGACUCCAUUUUGAUCCGCAACGGUGGCGAAUGGGAACUUCAAGUCAGAUUUAAAUGCCACUGAGAGAUUUGCCACCUUAAAACAUAGUUUUGAAUCGGUUCACAGAUGCGAAUCCUUCCGUACGAAAAACCCUAAAUGCGACUGACCCCCAAAGACUUAAUGCCCUUCAUUGCUAAUAACACUGGAUUCUGGAAUCCCCUUAACUUCUGCGACUGAUCAUGAGAAGGAAGUACUCUCCCCUUGAAACACUUAUUUAGUGCCAUUCGACGCAGGACUUUCAGAGUCAGCCAUCUUGCUGACCACUUUUUAUUGAAGCCUGAAGGCACUCUGCCAUUUUGGCCUUUCUCUUUUGAUGGUGGCCUCACAGAAUGGACUCCUUAAUCUAUCAUUUGGCAAAUGCAGGCCUCUAUUUGCUCUUAUUUCACUUUUAAUGGAGUGCGUUCCAUUCCUUCCUGUGAAUUUGUCCCUAAAUUAAGACUGAAAGAUGAAGUAAACCUAUUUAUAAAAUGUA